UCGCCGGGAGCUCGCGCAGGCCGGCUGCAGAGUGUCGCCCACGUCUCACUCCCACUGGUCCCACCUUCCCUUGGGACAGGAAAGAGAAAUGGCUGCAGAAGAGCCAGUUCAGGGGCCGGUGACCUUCGAGGAGGUGGCUGUGUAUUUCACCAGGGAAGAGGGGGCUCUGCUGGACCCCACUCAGAGAGCCCUCUGCAGAGCCGUCAUGCAGGCGAACUACGAGAAUGUGACCUUGCCGGGGUUUCCAGUUUCCAAACUUAAUGUGAUCUCCAAGGUGGAAGAAGGGCAAGAACUGUGGGUCCUAGACCUCCAGGAUUCAGAGGAAAGAGAGAUCCUCAGAGGUCCCUGCACGGGUGACGCGAUGGUGAGUGAGAAUGAGGAGCAGAAUUCUCGGCAGGAAGAUCCUGAGCAAGUGGAAUCACACGGUGCAUUAUCGCAAAGCUCCAAAGGAGAUGUGUCCAGGAGUCAUGAGCAGGGAACAGCCUGUGAGGUUCAGCGCAGAGCAGAGAGGGAGCAGGGAAACCAGCCCGGGGAGAAAAUGGGAAAAAUAAUUUAUCCUUGGGAAACUCACAGAGACCUGGAAGAAAUCACAGUCCAGCAGAAAAUCCUCAGAGGAAAGAGAAAAUACACAUGCCCUGAGUGUGGGGACAACUUCAGUGACUGCUCUGCCCUUAUUAAACAUCAGAGACUCCACACGGGAGAGAAACUCUACGAAUGCUGCAAGUGCGGGAAAACCUUCAAUCGCAUCUCACACCUCACUCGACAUGAGAUAAUCCACACGGCAGAGAGACCCUAUGAAUGUAGAGAGUGUGGGAAAACCUUCACUCUCAGCUCGUAUCUCACUACCCAUGAGCGAAUGCACAGGGGGGAGAGGCCCUUUCAGUGCUCUCAGUGUGCGCAAAGCUUUACCAGGAGCUCAUCCCUCAUUAGACAUGAGAGAACGCACACGGGAGAGAGACCCUAUAAAUGCUGUGAGUGCGGGAAAAGCUUCACUUCCAGCUCAAAUCUUAUUCAGCAUCAGAGAAUCCACACCGGGGAGAGGCCCUAUGAAUGUGGCGAGUGCGGGAAAGCUUUCAAUUGCAGCUCAGAGCUCACUAGACAUGAGAGAAUCCACACGGGAGAGAGACCCCAUGUGUGCAGCCAGUGUGGGAAAACCUUCGCUCUCAGGUCAGAUCUUACUACCCAUGAGAGAAUCCACACAGGGGAGAGGCCCUUUCAGUGCUCUCAGUGUGGGAAAACCUUCACUAGGAGCUCAGACCUUACUAGACAUGUGAGAAUCCAUACGGGAGAGAGACCCUAUGAAUGCUGUGAAUGCGGGAAAAGCUUCAUUGCCAGCUCAAAACUUAUUCAGCAUCAGAGAAGCCACACCAGGGAAAGUCCCUAUAAAUGCGGUGAGUGCGGGAAAACCUUCAGUUGCAGUUCAAAGCUCACUAGACAUGAGAGAAUGCACAGGGGGGAGAGACCUUAUGAAUGCCAUGAGUGCGGGAAAACCUUCACUUACAGCUCCGAUCUUACUACCCAUGAGAGAAUCCACACGGGGGAGAGGCCCUUUCAGUGCUCUCAGUGCGGGAAAAGCUUCGCUAGGAGCUCAGACGUCACUAGACAUGAGAGAAUCCAUACGGGAGAGAGACCCUAUGAAUGCUGUGAGUGCGGGAAAAGCUUCAUUUCCACCUCAAACCUCAUUAAACAUCAGCGAAUCCACACUGGGGAGAGGCCCUAUAAAUGUGGGGAGUGCGGGAAAGCCUUCAAUUGCGGCUCACAGCUCACUAGACAUGAGAGAAUCCACAUGGAGAGAGACCCCAUGAAUGCUGAGAGUGUGGGAAAACCUUCACUCUCAGCUCGCACCUUAUUAGAUACUGGAAAAUCCCCAUGAGAGAGAGAGAGAGAGAUCCUAUGAAUGUUGUGAGUGCGGGAAAACCUUCAUUCAAAACUCACACCUCAGUACUAGAGCUGUCCGUUAAUCACACUUAACUCAUGCAAUUUGCUCAAAAAGUUAAUCACGAUUACAAAAAUUAAUCAUGAUUAUUCACAGCUUUAAUCGCACUUAAACAAUAGGCUACCAGUUGACCUUCAUUAAAUAUUUGUGGAUAUCUUUCUGUGUUUUCAAAUAUAUUGAUUUCACCUGCAACACAGAAUACAGAGUGUACAGGGCUGAGUUUAUAUUAUUUUUCUUACAGCUAUCUGUACUAUAAAAAUGAUAAAGAAAACAUAGUAUUUUUCAGUUCAUCUAAUACAAGUAAUGUAGUGCAAUCUCUAUCUUGAAAGUGCAACUUACAGAUGUAGAUUUUUUUUGUUACAGAUCUGCACUCAAAAACAAAACAAUGUAAAACUUUACAGUCAAAAAGUCCACUCAGUCCUACUGCUUGUUCAGCCCCUUAAGAAUCUCUGCA